CGAUCUACACGGGUCUCAGUUUCAAUUCAUCACUACAAGACCAGCAAAAGAGAGAACCACCGCCAAAAUGGUUGCUAUCCAGUCCAUCUUCGCCGCCGUCUUGGCUAUCCUGCCUGCGGCCAGCGCCACCCGAAGCUUCUACAACGAUGGCCACCUCAACGGCUGGGACUACGUCCGCAAGGAGAACCAGGGAACCGUCUCCGAGGUCUCCAACGUUGUCUUCAAGGGUAACUCUGCCCUCAAGAUGACCCAGACCUACACUCCUGGCUACAAGGACCGCUACCACUCCGAGGUCGACCACAACCGCGGCUACGUCCGUGGCGAGGAGCAGUUCUACGGCUUCGCUUUCCGUCUCUCCGAGGACUGGCAGUUCCAGUCUCAGUCUUACAACAUUGCCCAGUUCAUUGCCAACCGCCCCGGUGCCGGCUGCGGUGGCGACGACUGGAUGCCCUCCAGCAUGUUCUGGAUCCAGAACAACCAGCUCUACGGCCGCUACGUCAACGGCCACUACCGCCAGCCCAACUGCGGCCGCAACAUCGUCACCCGCGGCAACCUUGCCACAGUCAGUGCUGGAGUGUGGCACAGGGUCGUGCUCCAGAUCAACUGGAAGUCCGACAACACCGGUUACUUCAAGGUCUGGUUCGACGGCGUCAAGGUCCACGAGGAGUACAACGUUGCCACCACCGUUGAUGAUGACAGCGUCUUCCAGUUCCGUGUCGGUCUGUAUGCUAACAGCUGGCACGAUGAUGGCAAGAUGGUUGGCACCCAGAGCUUCCGCCAGGUCUGGUACGAUGAGAUCUCCGUCGGCACCACUUUUGCCGAUGUCGACCCCGACCUGCACUAAAUUAUUGAUGGCGAUGAGCUUCUUGUGAGACGCUAGAUGAGUGCUAGCAUCAUGAGAUUUACAUCCCAAUGCCUUGCAGAGUGCCUGUUAUACCCAAGUACAUAGCUUUACGGCUCUGCAAGGACAUGUAUAUAGUUCAUAACGCAACCAUUUGUUGCUGAUACAUACAUUGACAAUAAAACUUUUAGUUUUGAUUAUAUUUACU